AUGGCUCAAAACCGAAGCCCGUCUCCCUGGCAGUCAAUUCUCGCCGGCGGGGCUGCUGGCGGCCUCGAGAGCCUUCUCACUUAUCCGACAGAGUACCUCAAGACCAGACAGCAGCUACAGGCUACAGAGAUCGGGAAGCCCAUUUCACCCGGCAGGCUGCUCGUCAGGACUAUCCGGCAACAUGGACCGGGACACAUGUAUACCGGAAGCGCAGCCUUCUGCGUCUCCAACGCGGGCAAGUCCGGGGUACGUUUCUUCGCAUUCGACACGGCACGACAGUUCGUCCCCACGGACUCCUCCGGCAAAACGACAGCAUGGGGUAAUAUGCUCGCCGGGAUGGUCGCAGGGGCCGCGGAGAGCGUCCUGGUAGUGACUCCGGGCGAGACGCUCAAGACCAAAAUCAUCGACGACCAGGCCGGAGCAAAGCGAUACACGUCGGCCACGCAUGCAAUCCGAUCUGUGCUCUCGACCGAGGGCAUCUCGGGCCUCUACCGGGGAGUAGUCCCGGUUACGCUGAAGCAAUCAGCCAAUGCCAUGGUGCGCUUCACAAGCUAUAACUUCUUCCUUGGACAUCUCCGCGCGCUGUCGGGGCAGGAUAGACCCAUCGCUGGAGCCAGUGUCAUUGCUGGAGCGCUGGCCGGUGUUGUCACUGUUUAUGCUACUAUGCCUUUUGACACCAUCAAGACCCGGCUGCAGGCUCUUGACGGUCGGCAGAGGUACUCGGGGACUUUUGAUUGCUUGCGCUCCAUCAUAUCCCGCGAAGGCAUUGCUGUUCUAUGGCGUGGCACAACUCCUCGUUUAGCUCGACUGAGUAUAUCUGGAGCCAUAAGCUUCACUAUCUAUGAAACUAUCAUUCAAUGGACUUGGUCUCUACGGGAGUAA